CUAGUCGUUACCACAAUGCCCAGCGAACCUCUCCUUCCUCUUGAGCUCAUUGACAAGUGUGUCGGUUCGAAGAUAUGGGUGCUGAUGAAUGGCGGGAAAGAGUUUGUCGGAAAACUUCUUGGUUUUGACGACUACGUGAACAUGGUCCUCACCGACGUGACUGAAAUCGACCCGAUUGAGGGCAAGACGCAGCUUGUCAAGAUCCUGCUCAAUGGGAACAACAUCUGCAUGAUGAUACCUGGAGGAGACGGGGAGGAAGUGUGGGAAGAAUGAGGGGAGGAGCAAUGAAGACGAGUGCAGCUUGUCAUGUCGCCAGCGCAUUCCUCGUCGGGGGUGUCAACACGGUGCAGCCAUGGCUACCACUGUCGCCCUCGCAAGACAGUCUCGAGAAGCCACCGAAAUGGCAGUAGAGUGCAUACAAAGAUGGCACAGUACCUAUGUACCUAACUCCCUUGACGGCGACGCUCAAUGGUGCGGAGCAAGCUUUGGAGACAUCAAAUGAGUUGAUUUGUGCCCUCCAUUCAGCCAUGUGGUUGGUUGCUAGCUGGAAGAUAGACCGGGAAGAUCGCAAUCUGAAAUACCAUCCAUCGGUUCAACACGAUUACGAGG